AUGCUCACACAAAGAGCAUUGCUCUGUCAACUCACCAGUUCAUUGCACACUCUGACUAUGAAAAGUCUGUGGGAGUUGUUGUCAAGAGAAAGUUAUCAUGUGGAGAAACUCUCUGUGUGGGGCCUUUGCUUUCCUCAAUUCUUUUCAGACUACUAUAAAUCACUUAUUGGCUUUGAACUUAUCUCAUACUUGACCUUAAACACCAAACAGAAAAUUCUCCCUUCUUAUAAUCUCAUUUUCCAUUCCAUCAUCAUGACUGAAAACAGGAUACUAACUAAAAGCAUAAACAAUUCAUAUGAAGAGUCAUCCAUUCAACUAAGGAGAGGGCCAUGGACUCUUGAGGAAGAUAAUCUGCUUAUUCAUUACAUAAGUCGUAAUGGUGAAGGCCGUUGGAAUUCCUUGGCUAAAUGUGCUGGGCUUAAGAGAACAGGGAAAAGUUGCAGAUUAAGAUGGUUGAAUUACUUGAAGCCUGACAUUAAGCGUGGAAAUCUCACCCCACAAGAACAACUUUUGAUUCUUGAACUUCAUUCCAAGUGGGGGAACAGGUGGUCAAAAAUUGCCGAGUGUUUACCAGGAAGAACGGAUAAUGAAAUCAAGAACUAUUGGAGAACAAGGGUACAAAAACAGGCACGACAACUUAAGGUCGAUUCGAAUAGCAACAAGUUUCUUGAAACAAUUCAACGAUUUUGGAUGCCAAGAUUGCUGGAAAAAAUGGAACAAAAUUCAUCAAUAAUAUCCUCCCCUUCUUCCACCGAGACUCAGAUGCCCACGCCCCCUUCACUAGCAACAAAGCCGGGGCCCUUGACGUCACCAUGUCCAAAAUCGAGCAACCAGGUGACUACUUCUGAUCAGUAUAGGGAAAAAUCAAGCACAAGGUAUAGUCUAAACUGGGAUUCCUUAAAUUCUGUGGGAAAUUUAAUGCUGCCUGAAAUUUCAGAAAAUUUUGGCAUUCCUGCACAAGUUUGUGACAAUAUAGUCCAUGAACACUCAGUUCAAAAUGAUUGUUACCAUGUGGACCUUACAAGUUAUGACAUGUCAGCAUUGGUGGUAGAUGAUACUUCUAUGUCAGAAUUCCAGGUGGCAGAGAUUGAUUGGUUUAGUGAGGACUUAACAUGUACUUCUUGGAAUACAGAUGAAUUAUGGGAAUUUAGAAAACCAGAUCAGGAGCUUGGUGUCUAG